GCUACGCCGGGCCGCUGUGCGUCGUCUGCGCGCCGCACUUCCGCUCUGCGGGGAGCCUCUGCGCGCCCUGCGCCGCCGAAACCGCGGCGCUGCGCCCCGCGGCGCUGGCGGCGGCGGGGCUGCUGGCGCUGGGGGCGGCCGCGGGGGUGGCGUGGCGCAGGCGCCAAGCUUCCGGGCCGGCCACCGAGCCGCCCAGCCCCUCGGCCCGGGACGCAGCGCUGGCGCUGCUGGCGGUGCAGGCGCCCUUGCUGCUGCAGCUGGGCCAGCUGUGGGUGGUGGUCGCCUCGCUGGCAGCCACGCCUAGCCUGGAGACCAAGGAGGAGGAGGCGACGGAGCGCAGCUUCGCGGUGGACUUCUUCGAGCAGCCCUACGUCCAGUGGCUGCAGCUCUCGGCCCAGGGGCUGCAGGACGCUUUGAGUUUGGAGUGCUCCUACGGCGCGAGCGCGCGGAGCGCCGCCGCGGUGGCGGCGCCUUUGGCGCCGCUGGCGCUGCUGGCGCUCUGCGGGGCCGUCGAGGUCGUGGCCCGCAGCUCCGGCAUCGGCCUGGCGCUGAAGGUGCUGACGCUCUUCUUCGUGGGGGGCGCCGCGGGCUGCGGGAAGCUGCUCAGCUGCCAGGACCUGGACGGAGGAGGGGAGCCUCUGGGCGCGCAGGCGGCCUUUCGCGUGGCCAUGCCCUUCCUGCUUUGUUCGGAGCCCAGCUGGGUGGACGUAGUGGGCGGGCUAUGCGCAGUCGCCUACGGCGUGCUUAUUCCGGCCUUCUUGCUGGCACUUAUGGUCAAGCAGCACGUCACCCUUCAGUCAAGCAGGAGGAUCGCGGCCUCGGCGAUCGAGCAAGGCGACAAACUGCUGAUCCGCUUGCACGAGUUCCGUAGCUCUGACCAGUACGCAGAGAAGGACAGAAUGUUCGAGAAAAACCUCCUGGCAGCUGCCAUAUCUCAUGCCGCGGUUUUGUUCCGUGGGACCGUGCGCAUGCAGAUGCAGAAUGGCGCAAUAACCUUGGCGGCGGAGGACACCAGAACCAAGCUCGACGCGAAAGGCAAGUUGAGCGACAUGCUGGAGAUCAAGAACAGCGCGGAUGCGCAGAGGUGCAAUGCCAUCACCAGGCCGGCAGAGCCUUUCUCCUUUCUGCGGGUGCUCUCCUUGAUUUUUUUUGGGGGGGGUGACUAA